GAUUGAUCGCCAAAUGGCCCAAAUCACUGAAAUCAGCAGUUUAACGAGUGUUUGAACAGUUAACAAAUGCUGAAUAUAUAUUGCCAGAGCACCCACAACGAUGUCUUCGUCCGAGAAUUUCCAACCUCUUCGCCGUCCCCCUUCCACCCUUACUUCCGCAUCCUAUCCUCCCGUAUUCUCCCAUCCUCCACCGCCACCCGCCCGCGAGUAUUCUUUACCCUCCGCUGCUGCCCCUGGCACUCGCCCCUCGAUGAUCAGCGCCGCCAGCACCCCGCUGCGACCGGGCGAGAAUCGGCGCGGAGUGCGUUCCCCAACAGUCAACCGCAAUUACAACCAGCCCCGCGGCCGUCUGACGUUCAACGCGGAGAGUGUGGAGAAUGGGACGGACGAGCAGCGGAAAACGGCACAGGAGACCCCCGCCAGUGAGGCAGGGGCGGGGAGACUGCGCGAGACGCUGCGCAGAAAUCAGAAGUGGAAAGCUCCGAGCGAGUGUUGGCCACGUUUCGCAGGCUGGAUGGGGCGCCCGUUGGCGAGGGAAGAGCGGCGACGAGAAUUUGCGAGGGGAAAAUGUCGAUUCCACAACGGAGAAACGACGACUGGAUUCCGGCGGCGAGAUGAGCCUUAAUUUCUCCUUAUUGCCUGGAAAAACCACGGGUUUAAUUAAGUUGGAGAAGGAGAUCACGCCUGUGACUUUCGAGCGCGAUUUAUUGAAGGAAGAAGUCAGCUUGGAAUGAUUGCGGACGGAGGAGACACUGCGCAAGCUGCCAUGGCCAAAGCCGGGGAAAUGUGGUCGCAGGCGGAGAAGAUUCUGCAGGAGAACGACCGGCUGCGCGAGAAGAUGGACAAGGCGGAAACGGAGGGAAUCGCCAUGCGGAAGCAGUACGAAGAGCAGAUUGCCCACAUCAAAAUGGAGCAUAUGACGCGCACGCAGCAGCUGGACCGAGAUCUGCGCGCAGUGAGAAUCUGCUGCUCAACGAGCGCUUCAAGACAAGUAUUUGCCAUGGUACGCGAUACUUUUAAACGGAUCAAAAAAACCAUCGACCAGUCGUCGAGCCGCCGCGGUGAUCCGUCCAUCAUGGCGAAAUUGCGCGAUCUGGAAGAGCGGGCCACACGCAGCCAGACGCUGGCCGACAACUUUGAGCAGAUGUACAACCGGACAUUCUCAUCGGAAUCCCAAUUAAAGACCAGCUUGGAGGACCUCCAGCGCCGCUACGAAGCGGAGACGGUGCGGGCGCAUGAACAACUGCAGAAUCUGACGGAGGAGAACGAGGAGCUACGGACGGUUAAGGAAGAACUGGAGGAGCGGCUGGGCGAAUGGACGCUGCGGAUGCUGCGCGGGGAAUACGAUCCCACGCGGACGGAGGUCGUGGUGGUCGGGGAGAGUCCGUUGGAGGCGGCGCAGAAGGAGUUCUUGGCGGAGGCGGGGAAGGUGUUGGAGGAGAACAAACUGCUGCAGGAGAAACUCAACCAGGUGAAGAUGGGCGGCGGAUACAGCGGGGAUGUGACGGUGAAUGCGGAGGAGCUCCUGCGCGGUCCCGGCGAACAGCUGGAAGAAUUGAGGAAGCAGCUGGAGAAAGCGGAGAAGCAGCGCAGCCAGGACAUGGUCUCCUUCAAGAAGUCCAGCCAGAGCUUCCGGCACGUGUGCCACGACCUGCUGGGUUGGAACAUCCGCUACGACGGCAACAAGAUCGUCUUCCGCGUGGCCGACGUUCCGGCCAACGAGACGAUUGUCUUCGAGCGGGAGGACGAGAACAAGCCGUGGGAACUGCGCAGCAACGACUACACCACGGCCAACCAGGUCUUCGUCGAGUUCUUCACCAGCCACCAGAGUCCCCCGCAUCAUCCUCAAGAUCCUCUCCGAGCGCACUCUUAUUGUAUGGACUCCCCCACUCCGUAAAGGCGUGGCUGUGAUUUUCUUCUUAUUUGAUAGAGCCGUUUCUGUAACAUUUUGUUUGUUUUUCAUGAAUUCUUUAUCGGUCUGUAUGUCGUAUUUUAUCGGGAAUGGUGCGUUCA